UUUUUUUUUUUUUUUUUUUAAUUGAUAAAAUAAGAAUGUGUUUGUGCUACUGAGUGAAAGUGUCGAGUUGCUAUGUUUUUUUUUUUUGGCACGGAAAAUAUUGUUUGAUUUUGAUUGGAAUUGUUACGUAUGGAUUACAGUAUACUGCAUUUCAUGUGAGGUUCGUUUUUAAACCACAGUGGAAUGGAAGCAGUAGAAUCUGCAAAUCCCGUCAUCGGAAAAAUUACAUGCGGGUCUUUAUUGCAGCAGUUGCAGCAAAUCUGGGAUGAAGUCGGUGAAGCUGACGAGGAAAGAGACAAAAUGAUCCUUCAGUUGGAGCAGGAGUGCUUGGAUUUAUACAAGAGAAAAGUCGACAAAGCCGUCAAAUCUAGGGCACAAUUGCUCCAGACGUUGGCGGAUGCUAGAGUUGAACUCGCUGACCUCCUAUUAGCCUUUGGAGAGAAGAAUUGCGUCGGAAUUCCCGAGAAUACAUCGGGAACAAUAAAGGAACAGCUUGCAGUUAUAGCCCCUGCACUGGAAAAGCUAUGGAAACUAAAGGACGACAGGAUAAAAGAGUUCGCCGAUAUUCAAUCUCGAAUCCACGAAAUACGCACAGAAAUCGAUGGAACCAACGAGCAGGUGGAGAGUCCUUUAGUCGACGAGUCGGAUCUAUCGACGAAGAAAUUAGAUAAAUUUCAUGCUGAGCUCGAAAACCUUCAAAAAGAAAAAAACGAGAGGUUGCACAAAGUUCUUGAAUUUGUGAGCUCUGCACGUAAUCUUUGUGCUGUUCUUGGUGCGGAUUUCUUUACUACUGUCACAGAAGUACAUCCGAGCCUAAACGACAACCGUGGUGUACAAUUAAUAAGCAUAAGCAACGAUACGCUAUCGAGAUUGGAUAAGGCCGUUUCAGCACUACAAGAAGAUAAGAAGACGAGAUUACAGAAGAUUCAAGAACUGGCGACUCGGCUAAUCGACCUUUGGAAUUUGACGGACACGCCUGCAGAAAAUCGCAGCCUAUUCGAUUUGGUGACUUGUAAUUUGUCAGCUUCAGUGGAUGAAGUUAUUGUUCCUGGGGCUCUUGCUAAAGAUCUCAUCGAACAUGCUAGAGUGGAAGUUGAGAGGCUUAGUCAGCUAAAAGCUGGCAGAACGAAGGAACUUGCUGCAAAGAGGCAAGCUGAGCUCAGAAAGAUGUUUGCUGAUGCUCGCAUAGAGAUUGAUACGAAACCUGCUCGAGAAACAAUUCGGUCACCUAUCGAUGCGGGAAAUGUCGAGCCUGCAGAGUUCUCGGCGGACAUUGACGAUCAAAUAGUAAAAGAAAACGGAGAGUUUUCAAAUGGGAAGGACAUAUUGGACAACGUUGAAAAAUUGAUGUCAGCAUGUAAGGAAGAAAUCUGUGAAGACGACUACGACAUGACCGAUACACCAAACAAGUGCAAUAGUGUUCCCGACGACGAAUUAGUGACGGAUGAUUACUCCAACGAGUUCAAAAAGAAUGAUAAAUUCGACACAAGAGAAGACCUGAUGACGUGGGUUCGUCAAGUGAGCAAACGGCAUGGCAUGGUUUUGACAACCAAAGCUUCCAACAACGGGAACGGCAGGCGUAGGCGGCCGUACAUUAUACUUGUAUGCGAGCGUGGCGGAAAUUAUUAUCCGAAAUUUGGUGUGGGUGGAAAACGCAAACGUGCGAGUAGUUCAAAAAAAUGCGGAUGCCCCUUCGAAUUGAAGGGUAUGAAGUUAGGUAAGGACGACGACCAAGUAGGGUGGGAGUUGACUGUUGUUUGUGGCACUCACAAUCAUUCCAACUCCGAGAAGAUGCAGCGGAGUUCGUACGCAGGUCGACUUUCUGCCGAAGAAAUAAUUCUAGUCGAAGACAUGUUAAAAAGGUCAGUCAAGCCUCGGGACAUCCUAGCGGCACUGAAAGAACGGGAUGAAACAAAAGAAACCACCUUGAAAACAGUGUACAACGCUUGUCAAACGAUUAGAUUCAAAGAGCACGCCGACAGAUGGCAACUGAAACUUCUCAUGGGAAAGUUGACCGAAAGUAGUUACAUCGUGAGGCAUAGAUUAUGUGAAACGACGAACGAGGUCACGGAUAUGCUAUGGAUACAUCCAACUAGCGUUAGCUUGAUGGGUAACUUUCCGAACGUGCUCGUCAUGGAUUGCACCCGCAGAACGAACUUUUGCCGUUUUCCGCUUCUUGAAAUUGCGGGCAUUACAUCCACAAACACGACGUUUACUAUUGCAUUCGCGUACUUGAGAUCCGACAAAGCGGAGAACUACGAGUGGGCGUUGGAUAAUUUUCGAAUAGUCAUGGAAUGGUGUCCAAUGCCGAGUGUGAUUGUUACGGAUCGAGACUUGGAGUUGAUGAAGGCUGUAGAGGUUCGAUAUCCCAAUAGUCGACAUAUGUUAUGUCGGUCGCGUAUUCGGAACGACGUAAUGGCUAGCUGUAAGAAAUUAUUCGAGGACGAGUCUAAGUGGGCGCAAUUUGAGUUGGAGUGGGGGUUUCUUGUUGAACAAGAAACCGAAGAGAUGUUUAACAUCAAAUUGUCUUCCAUUAAAAAUCUCUUUUCCGACUGUCCCGUCGUCUUGGCCUACAUUCAAGAAACAUGGUUGGACCCUUACAAAGAUCGGUUCGUGUCUGCAUGGACCGAUACGUGCAAGCACCUUGGAGUUUACGCUACGUCAAACAUGUUAAAACGCCAGCUGGAAUCUUCACAAGGAACCUUCUCCGCGAACUGGGCCGAAAUUAAUAAAUUGCUGCUACUCCAACACACCGAGAUCGACGAGUCGUUUCAGAAAAGCAGGAACGAUUACCAACACGAUGAUUUUACGAUUUCCGUCUUCAAAGAGCUUCGCGGGUUCGUGUCUCUGUUUGCCCUCGAAAAGAUUAGUGCCGAGUCGAAGAGAGCAAAUAGUGUUUCGACCGACCCGUGCAAAUGCAGUGUGCGCACGACGCAUGGGUUGCCGUGCGCCCACGAAAUGCACGACUUUCAGACGAAAGGGACGCCUAUUCCACUCUCGAGUGUCGACCCUCAUUGGAGGAUUUUAAGUAUGGAGUCUCAAUCUACUACCACCCCUGCCGAUGAUUCGGGAGAAGACGAUACGGACGAUAGUUACACCGAGUGCAUGCAAGAACUUCGCAAUAUUUUGAAUGGACCCGACGAAGAACGACGACGAGAUGUCAUUGCUAAGAUGCGAAAUCUAGUCGGGUCCGAUCGUUUCAUGGAAUCGUCGUCACAAAACAGCUGUGACUAAUUUUUUUAUUUUUUUUUCUUCAUGAAUUAAUUAAAUAGAUUAUUUAAUUAUUUUGACUAAAUUUAAU